AGAUGCUAAAACACACUGAAGUCAUAUUAGGAUUUUUGUUAUUAUUUUGUGGCAGCAGUGACAGAGUGAUUGGUGUGAGUGCGGCAAUUACUGGAACAGCGGUUGAGUGUGCGAUCGAGAAAGCAGAGAAAUGGGGUUGGAAUCGGUGGGAGAUUUAGCGAUUCACGUGAUUCUCAGUAAGUUAGGAGCCCAAGACACUGCCAGAGUCGCGUGUGUGAGCAAAAGGUUCUGUUCUUCCGCUUCCGACGACACUCUCUGGAUCAAUCACUGCUUCCACGAACUCGCUCUGACACAACCCCUCGAUCAUCUCGGAAACCCUCUCUCUUCCUUCAAGGAAUGCUAUCAAGCAUGGCGAGGAGCUUUUGUUAUGUAUCCUUGGUCUCUUGUUAAGCGUGUAAAAAGGUGCUGGGAUAAAAUAAAAACCUGGUUGACCAAUAAUUUUCCUGAAGCUGAGGCCACUCUUUGUAAAGGUGCUACUGAAGCUGACAUUCAGGAGUUGGAGAAUGUAUUAAAGGUGAAAUUGCCACUUCCUUCAAGGAUCCUUUAUCGUUUUCACAAUGGGCAAGAAAUUGCAAAAGCAGAUCCAGAAACUACUACAUAUGGCAGUUCUUUGGGUCUAAUUGGUGGCUACUCCUUCUAUAGUCAUUUGGUGAAUGUUUAUCUAUUACCUAUACGUCAGAUAAUCCUAGAAACAAAGCAAACUAGGCGUCACUUGAGCUUUUUAAGAAGAUCAAAGUAUGUUCUCGUGGCUGCUUCAUCCACAUACAGUAGAAAGUUAUUUUUCCUCAACUGUACCAAUGGUCAACUAUAUGUUGGGACCAGGGAUCUACUUACUGAAGGAGACAUAAUCCCUUGUGUACCUCAUGAUCUGAUUAAUUUACAUCAGGAAUUGAAUAUUUCAGAGCAACAAGAUGCCAUGCUACUGUGGUUAGAAGAACAUGGUCGCCGUUUAGAACAUGGCUUUAUCAAACUUCAUGACAAAGGAAAUGGCAAAAGCAUUAAUCUUUUCCCAGAAGAACCCCCUCUUUGUUCAAUGGCUGUUACUAAUGGUGUGAAGGUUCGUGCUUCUGCAUUGGUUAUCCCUGAGUUGAUUGAUCUUCAAGAUGACCUUGAAAAGUACUUAUUUGCUUAUUCAAUCCGCUUGUCCCUUGAACCUCAAGGGUGCACUAUUAAUGGAAUGUCCUUCAGCUCCUGCCAGCUCCAUUGGAGGCACUGGAUCAUCCGAGCUAAUGAUAUUGUUAUAUCUGAUGUCAAUGGAGAAGCUGUUAUAGGACAGUAUCCACUUUUGCGUCCAGGUGCUCAAGAAUUUGUCUAUCAGAGUCGCAUGCAUCUACCAACACCAUCAGGUUCCAUUGAAGGUUCUUUUACAUUUAUACCCGGCAGAUUGGCAGACCCAAAAGGAGAUCCUUUUCUAGCUACAGUGGCUCGUUUCCCGCUCCAGCUUCCAGACUAUAUUUUCUGAUUUUGAUGCUAGAUGGGAUUGAAGCAUCUCUAAUGGCAAAUGCAGCUCUCAGUAUAUUGUUUGGGUGCAUUAUGUCAUUUUCGUGAGAGUUGCUAGGUCGUUGAGUUUUUUAAGUUGGACCUGCACAAUUUCCCUAUCUAUUAUAUAUCAAUAUCUAUCUAUCUGUAUCUAGUGUGGUGUAGUAAUAAUUCGAUUACUUGCGUUCUUGACUUGUGUAUUAACUUCCUAUCCUUCAUUCAUUGUACAAAUCUAUAUGCAUGCAGCAAUUCAAUGAUACAUAUUUAGUAUUGUCGUCUAUAACAUGGGAACGUGUUUGUGUUAA